AUGCUUACUACACCGUAUUCUUCACAGACUGCGCGCGAAGCGAAAACCGACGCCGUCCAUUAUUCUUUGCUGCAGCACGAGUACGGUGGUGCUGCUUGCCUGCGUGACUCGUAUACAAAUAAAGGUACCUCAUUUACCGAGAGGGAGCGCGAUGAAAUCGGCCUCCGCGGCCUUCUUCCCCCGACAUUCCAAAGCCUCGAUCAGCAACUGGCGCGCACGAAACAGCAGAUGAAGAUGACAACGACGCCGUUUGAAAAGCAUAUUGCACUGAGCAAUUUGCGUCAACGCAACGAGCGCCUAUUCUACUACUACGUCCUCAACAACCUACGCGAAACACUUCCCCUCGUCUACACGCCGGUCGUCGGCGAAGCAUGCCAGAAUUUCUCCCGGAUCUUCCGCCGCGCCGAGGGCCUCAACAUUUCUCUUCUGGACAAGGGCCGCGUAAAGGAGUGUGUUUCCAACUGGCCGCGCCCGGCAGAUAUGCCGCGCGUCGCUGUGGUGACUGACGGCUCGCGCAUCCUCGGCCUCGGCGAUCUCGGCUGGAACGGUCUUGGCAUUUGCAUUGGCAAGCUUUCCCUGUACGUUGCGGGUGCAGGCAUCGACCCCGAGUCGACCGUGCCGAUUGUGAUCGACACCGGCACGAACAAUGAGGAGCUCCUCGAUGACCCGCUGUACCUCGGCCUGCGGCGCAAGCGCGCGACGAGCAGCGAGGUGAUUGCGCUUGUCGACGAAGUGAUGGAGGCGCUCAACUCCAAGUACCCCAACCUCAUCGUCCAGUUUGAGGACUGGAGCACGGACCACGCAUUCUUGUUCCUGGAGCGUUACCAGCACAAGUACCCGAUGUUCAAUGAUGAUAUCCAGGGCACCGGCGCCGUCAUUCUCGGUGGAUUCAUCAACGCUGCGCGCUUAGGCUCCAGUGCUUCUGGACGCGCGCUAGAGGACCAGCGCAUUUUGUUUGUCGGCGCUGGCUCGGCUGCGAUCGGUGUUGCGAAGCAGCUCAUGUCUUUCUUUACGCUGCAUGGCAUUCCAGACGACGAGGCGCGUAAGCGCAUCUGGACAACCGACAGCAGGGGACUGGUGACCAAGAGUCGUGGGGACAAACUCGCGGCGCACAAGGAAUUCUUUGCGCGCGACGACAAUGGCGACUUUGAAUCGUCGGACUUGCUUGAAAUUGUCAACCACGUGAAGCCCACCGCGCUCGUUGGUCUCUGUACCGUGCCCAGCACCUUUGACGAACGGGUUUUGCGCCGCAUGGCCGAGCUGAACAAGCGGCCGAUUGUGUGCCCGCUGAGCAAUCCCACCGCCAACGCCGAGUGCACCUUCCAGGAAGCGCUCGACUGGACAAACGGCAGUGUCAUUUUCGCCGCCGGCUCGCCGUUCGAUGAUAUUGAAUUCCAGGGCAAGCUACGCGUUGCAGACCAGGGAAACAAUUUCUACAUCUUCCCGGGCAUCGGCCUUGCCGGCGCGCUUUCCAAGGCCAAGCACCUGACGGACAAUGUCAUCCGCGAAGCCGCCAUGGCGCUCGCCGACUCCAUGACGCAGCCGGAGAAGGACGAGGGCCGUAUCUACCCGAUCCUCGAACGCACGCGCGAAGUGUCUGCCUACAUCGCAGCGCGCUGCAUCCGUGUCAUUGACAAGGAAGGCUUCGCUCGUGGCGACAUUCCGUUUGCCAAGAUGGACGACGACGAACUGCUCGCCUGGAUCAAAGAGCACAUGUGGUACCCUUCGUAUGAUAACUAG